AUGAGAGAGCGGACACUGCGCUGUUCGUCGGUUAUAAUCAUCGCGCUAGGGCUGUCUCUGGUCGCUCUCGGUGUCUACACCAGCGUCUUGGUGAUCACAGAUUACAAGAGCCCCCGACCCUGCCUGAGCGAGGUCUGCGUCAACACAGCUUCAAGAGUCCUGGCCGCAAUGAACAAGAGUGUUGACCCGUGCGAAGAUUUCUACGAAUAUGCCUGCGGUGGUUGGAUAGAGAAGAAUCCUGUCCCCGAAUGGGCGACCUCCUGGGACCAGCUAGCGAUCUUACGAGAACGCCUCGUGAGUGACCUCAGGGAGUUGCUUGAAGAUAGCAACAAUGAGGGACUCCCCGAGAGUGUCCUGAAGGCGAAGGCCAUGUACCGUACUUGUAUUGACGUUGACAAAUUAGAAGAAAAGGGCAUUGAACCAAUACAAAAUCUUCUGGAGAGUCUCGGCUUACCGAAGCGUCCGCCCACGGAACCGACCGCAAACCUCACGUGGGAGGACGUGGCGGGGCGCGGCCGCCGCAUGCUCGGCUUGAGCGUGCUGGUCAGCGUGCAAGUGAGCGAAGAUGUGAGGAACACCAGCCGGAACAGGGUUGUGAUAGAGCAAGUGUCGCCUGGGUUCUCUGACCGCUACCUCCGUCAACCGGAGCAGUUCGCUCAUGAACUCGAACAGUACCACAAGUACAUCAAGUCCGUGAUCAACAUCGCUGAUGCUGAAGCUGACGCGGAGGAGUUUGCAAAUGAUAUCAUUGACAUUAGCAAGAAAUUGGCUAUGGCCAUGACGCCGACGGAGGUGCGGCGCAGCGGCACGCACCUGUUCCACGAGCUGAGCGUCGCGCAGCUGGCGCGCGGCUCCGGCGCGCCGCACUGGCUCGAGCACGACUGGCAAAAAUACAUUGACCUGGUCUUCGCCAACACGAGCGUAGUGUUGGAUCAGAACCACGAUCGUGUGAUCGUCAUGGACCUGCCUUACUUACAAAAACUGGCGGUGGUGUUAGCUGAGGCGGAUCCUUUGGUCAUCGAGAAGUUUCUUUGGUGGAGCGUGUUCUCAACAGUGGCGCCAAUGACGAAGAGUGCCUUUAGGGAUCUCGGUUUCGAAUUCUCCAAAGCGGUCUUCGGUCUUCAGCAGACGACUCCUCGUUGGAAGAGUUGCACCUCUAACGUCAACGCUAACUUCGGAGUUGCUCUCAGUUAUCUAUACGUGAAGAAGCAUUUCGAUCAGACUUCAAGACAGAAGGCGAUCGAAAUGAUCGAAGACGUGCGCGAGGCGUUCGCCCAGGCCGCCGCCCAGCUGCAGUGGAUGGACGACGCCACGCGCGCCACCACGCUGAGCAAGCUGCGCGCCAUCCGCACCUUCGUGGGCUUCCCCUCCUGGCUGCUGGCGCGCGCGCAGCUGGACGACCACUACAAGCACGUCGAAGUGGUCGAAGGAGACUUGUUUGAGUCCUACCUGAAGUUGACGUGGGCGAUGGUCAAGAAGUCAUUAGAAACUCUCAGAGAAAAACCUGACAGGAACAGGUGGGUAGCGACAGCUACUACGGUGAAUGCAUUUUACUCGGCGACUCUAAACUCAGUCACAUUCCCGGCCGGUAUCCUCCAACCGCCUUUCUACGGAAACGGAAUUGAGGCGAUUAAUUAUGGAUCUAUUGGAGCUAUCAUGGGACACGAAAUUACACACGGAUUCGACGAUCAAGGUCGCCGCUACGACGAGCACGGCAACCUGGCGCAGUGGUGGUCGGCCGGCACGCUGGAGCACUACGCGGCGCGCGUGCGCUGCAUCGUGCGCCAGUACAGCAACUACAGCCUGCCGGAGCUGCCCGGCUACCAGGUGCACGGGUUCAACACGCAGGGCGAGAACAUCGCCGACAACGGCGGGCUGCGCGCCGCGCUGCGCGCCUACGAGCGCCUGGCGCGCCGCCGGCCCGCCGCGCGCCGCGCCGCGCUGCCGGGGCUGGCGGCGCUGCGGCCCCACCAGCUGUUCUUCCUGGGGUUCGCGCAGAUAUGGUGCGGUAACUCAACAACUGGCGCUCUCAAAUCUAAAAUAGUUGAGGGUGUACAUAGUCCUAAUAAAAUCAGAGUGAUCGGCACCCUAAGUAAUUCGAAGGAGUUUUCAGAAGCCUGGCAAUGUCCCAUAGGGUCGCCGAUGAAUCCUGAACAUAAAUGCGUACUGUGGUAAAUAAAUUGUGAUGCUAGAUGUAAGAUAACCAAAGAAAAGUCUCAAUGUUACCAGUAAGUUACCCUAGGCUAAGAUGAUUAGGUAGACUAAAGGCCAAUUUUUACUAUGCAAUCAUUUUUCAACUAUAAUUUGUGAAUUUAUAAAAAGAAAAUUAUAAUUACCGCCAAAUACAAAUAUAUAUAUAUAAUUUGUAUUGUUAGCCUGCAAAACAACAUUUACUAAAUAUUCCGAUAUUUGCAGACUAAUGUGCGCAAACUUGAUUAAUCAAUACAAAAUAAGGCCUAUUUAGAAGAGAUUAAAAGAUAUUUUUGAACAAAAUAAAUAUUAAAUAAUAAUUAAUUAAAUAUUAAAGAUUGUGAGAUUUACAAUUGACUAGAAUUAACUAACACUAACAUGUGAUAUUGUAAUUUGUAGGAAUGUUGAUGCAUUUUUAAAAAAUACUUAAAAAUUAUUUACAUAUCUCAGUAAUUUACUUAAUUUACCUUUUAAUAUGUAAGU